UAACCGUUGGCGAGCAAAAUGCGAGACGACGAGGUCUCGAAAUGCUGCCAUCGUUUGUCUGACGACUUUGCGUGCGCCUCGCGAUUGGUCGUUGAGACGUCAGCUGACUCAGCAAAGUAUCGUCCGAACAAUAUACGUUCAUGAGUAGCGAUUGUGGCGAGACCAGCGACCACUUGUUGCUCUCUGGGCUUUGCUUUGAUAUCUUUUUUAGAUUUUAGUACAUUUGUCUCUAAGUAUAUCUUCAUCAAUUACAUCUGUCAAUCGCAAACAUGAGCACUCCGGUAGCAGAUAUCGCCCUCAUCGGGUUGGCAGUCAUGGGACAGAAUUUAAUUCUGAACAUGAAUGAUCAUGGAUUUGUUGUAUGCGCGUACAAUCGCACCACGGACAAAGUUAAAUCGUUUCUCGAGAAUGAAGCUAAAGGUACAAAAAUAAUUGGUGCUUAUAGCUUGAAGGAGAUGGUCAGUACACUGAAGAGUCCGAGAAAAGUAAUGAUGUUAGUUAAAGCUGGUUCAGCUGUGGAUGCAUUCAUUGAGCAACUGGUGCCUCUUCUCUCUCCUGGAGACAUUAUCAUUGACGGUGGCAACUCUGAGUAUCAAGAUACCGAGAGACGCACGAAAGACUUGGAGCAAAAAGGAAUUCUUUUUGUGGGUACUGGUGUUAGUGGAGGAGAAGAUGGUGCAAGAUAUGGGCCAUCCUUGAUGCCAGGUGGCAAUCCCAAGGCGUGGCCGCAUAUUAAACCUAUUUUCCAGUCGAUAGCAGCAAAAGCUGACGGAGAGCCAUGUUGCGACUGGGUCGGCGAGACUGGCGCUGGGCACUUCGUCAAGAUGGUGCAUAACGGCAUUGAGUAUGGCGACAUGCAGAUCAUCUGCGAGGCGUAUCACUUGAUGCGCAGCGGCCUUCAGCUCACGCAGGGCGAGAUGAGCAAGGUAUUUGAUGAAUGGAACAACAAUGUUCUCGAAUCUUUCCUGAUUGAGAUUACGCGCGAUAUACUCAAGUACAAGGACGAGAAAGGUUACUUGCUCGAGCGUAUCAGAGACACAGCAGGCCAGAAAGGCACUGGCAAAUGGACAGCAAUCGCAGCGCUAGAUUACGGCGUGCCGGUCACGCUAAUCGGCGAAUCGGUGUUCUCGAGAUGUCUGUCCGCGCUGAAGAAUGAGCGCGUGGAAGCUAGCGCAGUGCUGACGGGUCCGGAUUCAGUAUACAAAGGCGAUAAGAAAAAGUUUUUAGAACACUUGCGAAACGCUCUGUACGUCGCAAAAAUUAUUUCGUACGCGCAAGGCUUCAUGUUGCUCAGAGAAGCUGCCAAGGUCCACAAUUGGAAUCUAAAUUAUGGUGGAAUAGCAUUGAUGUGGCGAGGUGGAUGUAUUAUAAGAAGCUCAUUUUUGGGAAAUAUAAAAGCAGCGUAUGACAAAAAUCCAAAAUUGUCCAACUUAUUGUUGGACAAUUUCUUUGCUCGUGUUAUGAACGAAUAUCACACGAGUGCCAGGGUGGUUGUGAGUGCCGCUGUAACAAUGGGUAUACCAACUCCCGCUUUGUCAACGGCUCUGGCAUUUUACGAUGGAUUCAGAACUGGUCGAUUGCCGGCGAACUUGCUGCAGGCCCAGCGCGAUUAUUUCGGGGCUCAUACUUACGAAUUGCUUGGUCAGGAAGGAAAGUUCAUUCAUACCAACUGGACCGGACACGGUGGAAAAGUAUCCGCUUCUACGUAUGAUGCAUAAAAGUUGUUGGGAACAUACUAUUAUUCCGGAUGACAAACAAUUAAAUGAUAUACAAGAAAGAUAUCGUAGAAUAACAAAUAAUUUUUAAGAGAUUACUCGGAAUCGUUUGUAUGUAUCAUACCUGGUGUUACAAGCGGUGUGAUUAAAAAACAAGUGUGAAAAAAGGUUAUGUUAGAUCUGACGUAGUUUACAAAAAUAGCGUUUUAGUCGCAGGUUGAGUCGGGAGGAUUAAUAACGUCACAAAAAUCAAGCGACAUGAGUGGUCGAAUUGCCGAACUGACGUCAUUGAUCUCUGUCGGAGCGAUUUGACCGAUUGAAAACUAUAAGUCUAAAACUACCAACUGCUCGUUUGGUCGAUACAACAGACUCUUCCAGUACUCUCUUAAGAAUUCACCUGGAUUCUUGAAAAUUGCCGAGCUACGUCUCAAACAAACUUUAGCAAUAUUUAAAUGAGCAGUAACAUUUGACGUAAUCGAAGUUGAGCAAGUUUACAUAGUAAUGUCAGUUGACAUAUGUGAGACAAUUUAACGAAUAGAUUGUGUGUAAAUAUCGUUACUGAUGGAUACGAAAUAUUGUUAACGAUGUGUUGAUUACAUCGUAUAUAGAUUUUAAUAUCUCAGAUUCUUUUUCACACAUACAUUCUUGCUUAAUAUAUUUUUAUAAACUACUUGAAAACUUUUAGAAACAUGUUGAAAAAUUAUAAAUAUGUACAUACAACUGUUAAGUGCAACGUGUAUGGAUUGUUAUCUAAAAAAAAAAAAAAAAAAACAAGUGGAAAGGAA